AUGCUUCCUCAAAUUGAGUCCAUCGCCACACAAGACUCACCGACCAAAACAUGGGCCGAUACCAAAGCGUACCAGCCUAUCCCCGGGGCUCGGGAGAUUGAAAGCUUAGAAGCAUUUCCAACGAAUUCGGAGGCGAUUCAACAGCAAGUUCCACCAGUUGUUAAGACUCAUCACAGACGCCGACUAUUUUGGUGGGCUCUUCGAUAUGCCCUCAUUUCUGCUGUUAUCUUCGUGGCACUUCUUGUCCCCACAAUUGUGUUGAGCAACGACGCCGAGUUUGCCGAUGACAGCACCAUUGAGAGCAUUCAAGCGAAACAGUACAGCAAUCUUGUGUUCUACAUCUGCUUGUGGUUGAUGGUUACAUGGAUAGCAGCCGUGGGUUCAGACCUCAUUGGUCUUGGAUUUCCGUAUCUGUUCAGGUUCAUUGCCAGAUACACGAAUCCCUCGCACCAAAAGUACUGGAGGAUUUUCAAGUUCAUGCGGCGACCGAUAGCCUUCCUCGGCACAACACUGGUUACCUAUAUCUUCUUCGCAGCGUGCAUUGUCGACAACAAUCUUUUGGCAGUCAACAUCAACAAGCCGGCAGACGCUUUCUGGUGGGAUGACGUCGUUGCCGAUGUCUUCCAGCAAUUAAUUCUUUGGGUCUGCUUCUACUUCAUCGAGAAGAUCUUCAUCACUUACAUCACGAUUCACUACCAUUAUCGAGGCGACAACGUGAAACUCACCCGGACAAGAGAGUUGCAAAACGCGUUGAUCACACUAUACGACGCUUCUGUUUAUCUUCACCCUCCUCAUCGAACCUUAUUCGCCCGAGAAGACAUGCUCAUUCGAAACGCCAAAGGCGACGCCCAUGCUUCUGGCCGAACGAGGGUCAGCAGCUACCUUGCUCGGAUGGGUAUCGACGGCUACAAGAUGAUGAGUCUGUUUGGCAAUUUCAUAUCAGACGAUCCUAAUGCACAUUGGCUUCGACCUGCAAGUACCUACGCAGUUAUCGAGCGGUCAUGGGCUAGUCCGGUCUCAGCUGAAGCGUUGGCAAGACGCAUAUGGCUGCCACUUGUGGCAGAGGGCAAAUCAGGUCUCACUGCUAACGACAUCAUCGACGUCCUUGGCCCUUACCGAAAAGAAGAGGCCAUUCGCAUAUUCAAGACUGUGAACGAAAACAACAGCCCCGACAUUCGAAUUGAGGAGUUCAUUGGCAUAGUCACCGAAGGUGGGAAAACUCGACAUAACAUCUAUCGCAACAUGACCAACAUGGACCACUGCAUCAACACAUUCGACUGGUUUCUCCUGCUUAUUCUUGCAGCUGUCAUGAUAUUCUUUAUCAUGGUCGCAUAUGUGCCGGCUAUCAAACAGAUUCAGACAAUUCUCUCCAGUCUGGCGAUCGGACUAUCUUUUGCGGUCGGCCGGACGUUCCAUCAUCUUUUGGUGGGGAUCGUGUUCGUCUUCUUUGAUCAUCCCUACGACGUGGGAGACGUUGUCAACGUCUACAAUCCUGGUUCUACUGUUGGAACUCAGUGCGUCGUCAAACGCCAGUCCCUGUUGUACACGGUCUUUAGGCGGCUCGACAACGGUUGUGAUCUGCAAAUUUCCAAUGACCGACUUUCUCAAAAGCGCAUUGAGAACUUCUCGAGGUCAGGCAUUAAUCGACAAGGAAUCUCAAUGUUUGUGGAUUUCAGGACCGGCUUCAAGGAUAUUAUACGCCUACGCACUAUUAUGGAGGAAUUUCUCAGCAACAAUUCACGAGACUUCGUUCCGGACAGCUUGGGCCUCAAUGUCGUCAGCCUCCAUGAACUCAAUAAGAUGGAGCUUCGACUGGCGUUCACUCAUCGUAACAACUGGUCCGACGACAAACUUCGCUCUCAACGUAGCAAUAGGUUUCACUGUGCGUUGGUGGCAGCGUGCAGGGCUAUUCCGUUAUCAAAGCCUGGAGGAAUGCUUCCUUCAGCGGGUGAGAAUGGUAACCCGAUGUACACUGUGCAGCUUAAUACGACUACGGAGCUUGGGGAGAACAUCAAGAAAGAGAAGGACCGCAGACAAGGUUUGCGAUGGGACGAUGUGAAAAGUGAAUCACACGGGAGUAUCGAUCCUGCUAUGAGCGAAGAGGAAGCUACUCGGUCUCGCUUGGCAGCGGAAGCUGAGAAAAUGAGAUUGGCCAAAGUGGCGGAAGAGGAGGCCUUCUUAAAGCUAGCACGAUUGCCCAUGCCUUCAACAGAAGCUGGGGUCAGUUCCGCUGUCGAUGUUCCUGGAUCCGCGACUGGGCUACGACAAACAAGGGCUGGUAAAUGA